ACAGUCUCCUAUACUUCUUAUUUAUUGUGUCCGCUGUAAACUACACAGCGCGAUGUAGUGAGUGUCUUUCUAUCUGUGGCUUAUACUUCUCGGAUUUUAAUUAUUAAAUACAUUUUAUAAUGACACAGAGGGCGCUGAUAACAGUGGCCUGCCUGGUAAUUGGGCUAAUUGGAAACACCUUGGCACAAAAAAGAAGAGGGGACACUGGCAGUGAAUUACAAAAGAGCAAGGAAAAAAGUGUUGGAAGGUGUGAGCCAAUAAAAGUCCCCAUGUGUCAGGGUUUACCGUAUAACGAGACUCGUAUGCCAAAUUUACUGAACCACACAAAUCAGGAGGAUGCUGGGUUGGAGUAUCAUCAAUUCGUACCGCUGGUCAAACUACAGUGCAGUAAACAUCUGCAAUUUUUCCUGUGCACCUUGUAUGCUCCGAUGUGCACAGAACAUGUGGAAUCCAUCCCACCGUGCCGUAGUCUGUGCGUGAAGGCGCUUCGAACUGGAUGUCAAACGCUGAUGAACAAAUUCGGGUUUAUGUGGCCAGAUAGAUUCAAUUGUGAUCAUUUUCCAGAGAAUGGUCUUUGUAUUGCAGAAGAUAUGACUGAUCAACAAAUGAUCACUACCAAGCCACUAGGUUGUAAGGGUGGCGAAUUUCUAUGUGGAAGCGGAGAAUGUAUAGACAGUAGUUAUAGAUGUGAUGCAAAUCCAAUGGAUUGUUCGGACGGUUCCGAUGAAGACAACUGUCCUGGGUCUAGACUUUGCGUAGAAGGGGGUCGACCAUGUGUCGACGAUUCUGCGUGUCUUUUGGCCUCGCAGUUUUGCGAUGACAUCCCACAAUGUAAUGAUGGCAGUGAUGAAUGGCCGUCAAGAUGCCAGAAGAAUGGCGUAGUCGACCUACUUGUGAUGUUAGGCACAGGAGACGCAGCCCGUGGGAUAGAUUUCACAACUUUUGCCAAAGAGGGCCCUGUUUUCACACUUCGGCCCGUUCAGGGGGUCACCAUUAGCGAACCUGUCAUUAAAUACAUCAGCGAACCUCUAAGUGACUUUCACAUAAUGGUCGUUUUAAAACUUCAGGCGCCAGACGCCAUGCUUUUUUCCAUAGAAAGUCCAAACCAUUUAAAAUCUUUAGGCGUGCAGUUACAGUCUGUGAUGGAAGGUGGGAGUCGUAGGACGAAGGUGAUUCUAUAUCACACACCGAACACGAGGACCCAGUCCAGGUCGAGUUUUAGUCAUGUGACUAUACCAGAUAUUCUUAAUAGAUGGGUGAAACUAGAUAUUCAAGUGAAAAGGUCAUCAUUGAGCGUGUACUUGGAUUGCCAACCUCAGGCCGAUGAUGAUUUGAUUGGUGGGGGUGGUCCACUUUCAUUUGAGGAUGGAUCCACUCUGUAUAUGGGGCGAUCAGGUUUUAUUCCUCACAACGAAUUUAAGGGAAGUCUAGCACAGCUAACGAUCUACACCCAAUUGGAAAAAAUACCACGAGACACUCUGACAAAAUGUAAUGAAAUCGAGGCAAUAGGAAAGGCGGGGGAUGAUGAAGUGUUUGCAGGAUCGGGAUCCGGCGAUGGCUCAGAUAUCACGGUGGACAUUGACGAAAUCACUGAAGCGGUACCCAAGCAAAGCAUGAAAGGAGAGCAAGGAGAGCCGGGGCCCAAGGGUGAGAAGGGAGACCAGGGUCCGCCCGGAAUACCCUCCCCCCCUCAACCUCCACCAGACCCGAGUGUCCUGUUGGGGAUGAAGGGGGAAAAAGGGGACAGAGGGGACAUGGGGAUCCCAGGUCAGCCUGGCAAAGAUGGGUCCAAAGGGGACAGGGGAGAUGUGGGAAUUCCAGGGACCCAGGGACCCCAAGGAAUACAGGGACAUCCUGGUCUCGCAGUUGUAGGACAGAAAGGCGAGCCAGGAUUGCCCGGACUGCCUGCUGAACCACGCCCGUACGAUGAAGAACCCGGACCUAAAGGAGAGCCCGGGAUGCCAGGACUUCCUGGCAAAGAUGGAAAAGAUGGAGUUCCGGGUCGAGAGGGUCCAGUGGGACCACAAGGACUGCCGGGCCAAGGCCUUGCAGGAGUGCCAGGAAGGGAUGGUCUACCAGGCUUAAUGGGUCCCCAGGGUCCACCAGGCCCCCCUGGACCACCAGGACCUGCUCAUACCCAGCCCAUAUCCCUGAUCGCAGAUGAUGACCUUUUUGAGGGGUCAGGAGAGGUCAGGCCCGCGGUUGGCGGGGUCAAAGGUGAUAAAGGUGAUCGCGGUGUGCCCGGGCCCCAGGGUCCACCAGGUAUUGCAGGCCCUGCUGGAAUUCCGGGUGUGGCUGGAGCAAGAGGGCCCCAGGGUGAGACUGGACCCCAGGGACCUCCUGGAGCCCCAGGGGUGUUUGAAGGUGACCCAGAAGACCUGAGGGGAGACCCUGGAUCCCCUGGCUUACAGGGUCCUGAGGGAAAACCAGGCCUGCCAGGGCCAGCAGGGGAGCCUGGUAUUCCAGGUAUCAACGGCAUGAAGGGAUCACGGGGUGAUGACGGAUUGCAAGGAGAACCGGGUGUUGCAGGAGUUAUGGGCCCAAUGGGACCCGAGGGACCAUCCGGGCCUGCUGGAAAACCAGGUGUUGAUGGCAAAGAUGGACGACCUGGACCCCCUGGACCCCAGGGUCCUCCCGGACAGGUCGUUGAGGUAUCGGGCGGGUCAGUUGCUGGUCCCAUGGGACCCGAAGGCCCAGUGGGUCCUCGAGGCUUGCCUGGACCUGCAGGAGAUAAGGGUGUGCCUGGCCCACAGGGGCCAACAGGGGUUAGGGGAGAGAGGGGAGAGCAGGGGCUGCCUGGGCCACUUGGCUUCAAGGGAGAAAGGGGAGAUGUUGGAGAGCCCGGGUCUGCGGGCCAGCCAGGAGAGAGGGGCGCGCCAGGGAUGGACGGUCUGCCAGGCAGUCAAGGAGCCGCUGGGUUACCUGGCAACCAUGGAAUGAAGGGAACCAAAGGUGAUCAAGGUGAAACUGGAUUACCCGGAGCAUCAAUUGUGGGAGCAACCGGGGCACCUGGUCCGUCCGGCCCACCGGGUCCCCCUGGCCCUCCAGGACCACCCGGGCACUUGUCCGGAAAUGCAGGUGAUUUGAUCUUCGACGGGGAAGGAAGUGGUGAGAUGAACAGUAUGCCCGGAUUGCCUGGACAGAAAGGCGAGAAAGGUGAUCCUGGAUCAAGUGGUGUUGCCGGUGAACAGGGGCUGCCUGGAGUUGAUGGGUUGCCGGGACCUAAAGGUGAAAGAGGGCUGCCCGGAGUUGAUGGUUUGACGGGACCUCAAGGUGAACGAGGGCUGCCCGGAGUUGAUGGUAUGCCUGGUAAGCCGGGUAAAGAUGGUUUACCGGGACCGGACGGAGAACCAGGCAUCAACGGUGUCAUGGGCCCUAAAGGAGACAAGGGAGAUACGGGACCUGUUGGCCCCGUGGGACCCCCUGGUCCACCGGCGGGUCCUGGAAAUCUGGUUUCUGGGGGGGCAGUAGUCACGGGCGAGCCUGGAAAACCGGGACCUAUGGGACCACAGGGACCAAUAGGACCAACGGGAAAACAGGGCGAAAUCGGUUACCCUGGAUUCCCGGGUCCAAGAGGGGUCAGGGGCUUCGCAGGUCGUAAGGGUGAUCCUGGAGUCGGAACUCCGGGCCGGAAAGGAGAGCCUGGACAAACAGGUGCACCUGGAUUGCCUGGGACUGCUACUGGCGCGGGUGGCAAGGGAGAUAAGGGAGACCCUGGUAAUGAUGGAAAACCUGGACGGGAUGGAUCUAAGGGAGAAGCAGGUGCUAGGGGACCUCCGGGAUUGCCUGGAAUCCAAAGUGAUGACGGUGGAAGGGAAAUCGUGGGGCCUGAGGGACCUAAGGGAGAAAGGGGUCCACCUGGAUACCCGGGUCAGAACGGUCUGCCAGGUCGGGAUGGUGUGGGAGAGAGAGGACCCAUGGGGCCACCGGGACCACCUGGAGAUGCGACUGGACUGCGGGGCCCACCAGGGCCACCCGGAGCACCUGGUCUGCCCGGAACGGGAUCUGGGUCUGGAGGUGACGGAGCUGCUACCCCGGUUCAGUUUGCUGACGAGUCUGAGCUCCAGAGAGCAGCUCGCAAAAUUCCAAUUGGAACGCUGGCCUUUGCACUGAACACAGAACAAGUGUAUAUACGCGUUUCCCAGGGUUGGAGAAGUAUAACGCUUGGAAAUGACUUAAUUCGCUUGCUGCCAGAAACACCAGUGACCACUGACAAUGUCCUCCCAUUUAGAAAGGUCAUUGUUCCACCAACCUUGCCUCCUACUACUACGCCCCCUUCGCGAGUACCAGAAAACCAGUCUGAUGGAAGAAUUACAGGAUCACCAAGGCUUCACCUUGUUGCACUGAACAAUCCCCAAAACGGCCACAUGCGUGGAAUCCGGGGCGCGGACAGUCAGUGCCAUAGAGAGGCCCGCGAAUCUGGGAUGAACGGAACUUUCCGCGCGUUCCUGUCUUCGUCUGACCAGAAUUUGGACUCUCUUGUGUACUAUCAGCUGGACCGAAGUGUUCCCAUUGUCAAUUCAAAGGAUGAGUUGCUGUUCAACUCCUGGAAUGACAUGCUUAAUGGCGGGGGCGGGGCUUUCAACCACGGCGCCUCCAUCUACUCCUUCAACGGGAAAAACGUGAAGGAUGAUCGUCAGUGGCCAAUGAAGGUUCUCUGGCACGGCUCUGACAGGAAGGGUAACCGCAUGGAGGAUAAGUCGUGUCGAGGCUGGAGCUCGCACUCUCGGUAUUCAAGCGGCCUGGGCAGCUCUCUCAUGGAUGGCAAGAUGAUGGAUAUGGACGAGUACAGCUGUAACAACGCCUUCGUCAUCCUGUGUGUGGAGAUCACCAGUCAACAGAAGUUGCGGAAAUGAGGCGUUGUCUGACUUUAGUUAUGUUUUUAAAAAAAUAUCUGGUCUUGAAGUUGAACAAACAAACACAAAACUGAUUUUAAAGGGAUUUUUUUCCUAUUUAAAAUGAAGAUGAUUUUAACGGGAUUUUUUCCCAUUUUUUACAUGUUUUUUAUUCUGUGUAUGGAGAUCACCAGUCAACAGAAGUUGCGGAAAUGAGGCGGCGUGUGACUUUUUAGAUGGAACUGUUUAAAAAAAAAAAGAAUCCUUAAAUGAAGUGAGUUACUGUUUAUUUGGAGUUGUUUUAAAAAAAAUCUGUGGAAAUGAAGCACUUUACUAUUAAGCUGGAAUUGUUUUUAUGUAAAAGAAUCAGCUGGUCAUGAAAUUCAGCGAGAAAUGGGAAUUUUUCAUUGGAAUUGUGAAACAAAAUCUGGUUAUGCGAUUUAUUAAACAUAAACAUGAUUUAACAGGAAUAUUUUCCUAUUUUGGAUAGGAUUUUUGUAUGAUGAGUUAUUGUGGUCUAAAAGAUACAAAAAAUAUGUUUAUAGCCAUAGCUAUAUAUUUUUUGCUGGAGAUUUUAGAUAAAACUAUAUUGAUAUCAAUUAACUUGUGUAAGUUGAUAAAUGGUAAUUUUGAAAGAACAAUCUGUGAUAACCUUACUUCUGAAAUCAAUAUAUGUACUGUCACUCGUAUCUGCAGUGAAUGGAUUUGAAAAGUAAACAGUGAUCUGAUUGGAGGAUUUGAAUUUCGGUUGACCAAUGAAAAUCCAGUAUUUGUGAGUUGCCAUAGUGUCAAUUGACAUAAAAAUAGAUUAGAAGUUUUAGCUCGUGCAGACAUCUUAUCAGUAUCCAGUAUCUACAAAUGAACAAAGCUUUAAAUAGAGAAUAUAUAUAGUGCCCACAAAUAAUUGUAAAUGCGCAUAAUGUCCGCUUCUGAAUAAAAUAUUUUGUAAUCGCGUGAACAGACUUUUAGUGUAUAGAUAUUUAGCUAAUGUACAUGUAAAUAAUUCCAUUAAAAUGACAACUAUGCUGAAUUUAGUGUUGAGUUUUAUACUAGCGUAUCUGGGAUUAAAAUAUAAAGGCAGAUGCAUAAGUUUUAAACUCAAACCUAUAUAAUAUUAUAUAUUGGCAAGUGAACAAACUUUUAAGCUUUGAUCAAUGACCAGCACAUAGUUGAAACAUAAGAAUGCAACAUUUAAUGUAUGUUGUUGUGUUUCGAUGUUUUUCUGUCGAGUUCAAUAAUGACGUGUGUCUGAAAAAAGAAUUUAAAGUCUGAAGAAAAUUGUUAUGUAACUGCUGAUAAACAAAUUAUGCAAAUUUUGUGUAGCCUUGAUCAUUUUCCAUAUGUAUAAUAUCAAUAGCUGAUAUUAUGUGUUGCCACUGCGUUUAAGCUUGCUAUACAAAAAAAUAUUUUUAAUUCAGGUCAGUAAUUAGUAACACUUGACUGAUAAAAGACAUGACAAUUUUACGUUGUAUAUAGAUUUUUAUAAAUGCACAAAAGUCUUCAAAUUGCAUUAUGUCACCUUAAUUAACCCUUCCUGUGCGGCAACUGGAUUUAUCCGGUCAGGCAAUUCUUAACCCGGCUCAUGCGGCAACCGGAUAAAUCCGUCAAAUCAUAAAAUUUCACGAACUCCAUUUAAUAUGUAGAUGUCCUGUUAGAAAUAAGAUUGAAACUGACAAUGUUAAGUGUUAGAAAGAUGAUUUAAACACAAAAAACUGGUUUUUAUCGUUGUUUCUAUGGUAACCAUGGCAACCAAUCUAUCAAAUUUGUAUACGGUAUGAUUAUCGUCAAACGAAAUGUGUGACCAGUUCACAUGGCAAAUUUUGUAUUAAUUGGACAGUUAAAUCCAAUGUAACAUGUAAUGCAAGUGAAGUAGGUACUUUUAGCAUAAUAAGGCCUAAACAAGUCAGCAAUGGGAUAUAUAACCUUAUAAAACAAUUCAGCACAGGAAGGGUUAAUUAAGAUUGUCAAAAAGUGUGAAGGCUUAAGAUUGUUUUAAAAUGUGAAGGCUGAAAAAAAAAUUAGAAUGCUUAAGAUUGUAAAAAAAUGUGAAGACUGAAGAUUGUUAAAAAUUGUGAAGGAUUAAGAUUAAGCUUGUUUAAAAAAUAUGAAGGCUUACGAUUGUUGAAAUCAAACACUGAGACUGAUGAAGGCUUACGAUUAUUUGAAAUCAAACACUGAGACUGAUGCGUGUUCAAAUCGUUGUAUGUUGCUUAUAAGGUUAAUUGCAAAUGUAACAAUAUGAAUGGAAUAUUGCAUUACUUAAUUGCUUGAAUAUACCUUUCUUCUGUUUAAAAUUCUUAUUUUCUAUAUCUAUGUUGAAAAUGGCUUUACCAAAAGUGCCUUUUGUCAUUAUAUGGACUUUCAAGCAUUGUUCAUUAAUAUUAAUCAUUUUAAUUAAUUAAUAUGCCCUGUACAUGUAUAGUUUGCUUUAAACAUGCGUUACUUGCUUUCAUUUUUGUGUAUUUUCAUCAUAAGACUUUACUUGUCUGUAUCUAUUCUUACCAUUGAUAAAAUGCUUGUGUUUAGUUUCCAAAACAGUGCCUACUAGCUUAUUGUAUAUCAAUUCAUGUCAGCUUAACAUGUGUGUAUGUUUUCAGAGGUCUGAAUUUUAAAUUGCAUCUUGAAGUCAGAUUGUUUCAAAAGUCUUUUAUUUCGAGUGGCUUUUUAAGCAAAGCAUCAACAUUAAUUGUUAAGUUAUAAUUUCUUAUUAUAAGCUAUAAAAAUAGUUUCAUUGAAAUUUAUUAUAUGUGUUAGAAACGGACUUAAAUGUAAUAUGCUUUAUUUUUUUUUGUCUUUUUUUGUUUUUGGGGGGUGGGGGGGGGGAACUUUUUUCAAUUAAAUCAAUUUUAAUUUUAUUUUUACGUUUUCAGAUUGAAUCAGAUUUCAGCAGUUUUAAAAUGUGAAAGGUAAUGCAUUACAUUUGAGCUCUUUACAUGAUAUUGUUUGUUAGAGCUGCCAUAAGAAAUUGAUCAAAUUAGAUUGCCAUCAAAUGAGCCUCCCUCAUGGAAAAACGGGGCUUAAGGCAUGUGUGUAAAGUGUUGUCUCAGAUUAGCCUGCACGUUCUGCACUGGCUAAUCAGGGACAACACUUUCCACUUUUACAGAAUUUUGUUUAAAUGAAAAAAAAAUCUUCUAAAGAAAAUCCAGUCUAGGUGAAAAGUGUCAUCCCUUAUAAUUAACCUGCGCUGACUGCACAGGCUUAUAUGGGACGAUGCUUUACACUCAUGCUUUAAGCAAAGUUCUUCCUGAAUUCCGUUUAUCCUACAUUCACUCUGAUGGUCUGUUUCAACUCUAUGUUGGGCACUGUUGGGCCGCAGGCCAUGUGUACCUUAAGGAGAAACAGUCGUGGUAAAUGUAGAUAAGUUCCAAUGUUUUACUACAUUUUGUGUUGAUCUGUCUACAUAUAAGUUUGCAAACCUGAGGGCCGUUUCAUAAACGAUCGUACAACAAUUUUAACUUACAAGAGAAUUUUGUACUCUUCAUAAGUAGAGGAACUAGCUUGCCAUGCUCGUCAAAUAUAUACGGUGCUUGAGAUGCCAAUGUAAUUAAGUACUGAAAAUUUAUUAACAUAUGAUAUGGACUUAAGCAAUUAUGUAUCUUCGAAAAAUGUACAUGUAUCGUAUCGUGAAUGUGUACUACGAUGUUUAUUGAAACGGUCCCCAGACCUUAAGUGAAAAAAACGUUUUGUAGUAAAAGUAGCAAAAGAAAAGUUUUGUAGUAAAAGUGGGAGGAAAGUUAUCUUUAUCGUGUAAAAUAAGUGGGGUUUUUUUGGUCAUGUAACAAUUAACACACACACACAGAUCAGCUAUAGCCUGUUUCGGGAAAAAAAGUUUUGUAGUAAAAGUGGGAGGAAUGUUAUCUUCAGCGCAUUAAAUUAGUGUGUGUUCUUUUGUCAUGUAACAAGAAACACACAAAAAACACUUGUGCCUGUUUUGGGCUUGAAUUUUAUUUGUGGGCAGUAGUGUCAAAAAAUGUUUUCUUAUCAUCAUAAAAUGUAGUAUUAAAUCCUGACUCUAUCUAUUCUAAAGUAAAAAUGUAUGACAAAAUUUACUUUUUGAAAUCCAUUGAUUUAAUGUUUACCAAUGGUUGAAUUGUUAUUUAUACUUACUCGAAAUAUAAUGUAAAAAUACAUUCGCGAAAUAUUCCCAUCAAAGACUAACAGAAAAGUAUGGCUUUAUUUUCUAAGGUAACAUAGUGAGGGAAUUAUAUUUUUACUCAAAAAACAAAACAUAUUAAUUUGUUAACCACUUUUUCACAAAUGAUGUUGGUAUUUCAAGGGUAUGGUUAGAAUACUUUAAUAGAUUUCCCCUUCUCGAGUGAAUGCACCAUUAGUUGUGAAUGCGAACAUAUUUCAACCGUGCCAAAGUUGUUUUCAAUUCAUGUAGAACAUUGUUUGUUUAUGUUUUGGGAAUGAAACAGAAUGCAAAUACAGAAAACUAAUUUAGUUGAUAACUAUGCUUAUGUUGGGUUAUGAGUGCUGAGAGAAUAUUAUCCAGUGAAGAUGCUAUGUAUGUUACAAUUUACUGCUUCUAUUUCGAUACUGCUUGUAAUUUAUUUUUAUUACGACUAUUUGUGUAGCAUAAUCAUAUUAUUUAAUCAAUUUGUCUGUUUGUUUUGUUGCUAGAUGUGCAUUCUUUCUGGAAAAUUAGAUUGUUACUGUAUACCACUGUAUAAAUUUUCAUGUAAAAUAUACUUAUAAUUAAAUAAUGUUUCUACAUGUAUGCUUUGAAACUUACCCAUACAAUUGUUUUGACCAAACUAUAGUUCUCCUUCAAUUUGUUUUGAAAAAAUUUAAACAGAUAUGAAGUGCAACUUUAAGGCGAUCAUACUGCUGUAUUACUGAUACCAAAAAUAGAAUUCAUUUUUCAAAAUUAUCAAGGAAUAUUGCAAAAAGAAGCUUUAUGUUCUCUUUGAUUUAUUGUCGUAUUAGAGCAAACUUUUUUAAAAAUGCUUUGCUGCAUGCGAUUAAUUGGCCAGUAUUAUUUUUUGUAUUUUCUUUUCGUACAAGUAUUUCUUCUCCCUUUGAAAUCGAGUAGUAAAAAUAAAACAAAUGACGCCUGAUAAGGUAUCAUUACCGGUAUGUCUAUAUUUCAAUAAAUCACUAAGGGGAAAACUAUCUUAUUCUUUGAUUAUUUUUACCAACAAAUUUCAUGAUUUUUUAUAAUAGAAGUAAACUCUUACUAUGUCCAAAACGUUCAACUGUAGCAUGUUGUACCAUAGCUUUUAUUAGGGUGAGCAUAAACAUUCAUUUAUCAGCAUUUUUAUUUUUGUUUCAUACACCAGAAUUGCUUAUCCAUUUUUUCAAGUUCAUAUGUAUGACUUUUUUUAUAAAAAGUGUGCGUUUACCAAAAAUGUUAAAUUAACCCUUUGCAUGCUGGGUAAUUUGUCUUCUGCUAAAAUGUCGUCUGCUGAAUUUCUAAAAUUAGCAUUUUCUUCGAUUUUUUUUUCAAAGAAUACUAUCAGAAUAGCAAACAGUUUGGAUCCUGAUGAGACGCCACGUUCUGUGGCGUCUCAUCAGGAUCCAAACUGUUUGCAAAGGCCUUCAAAAUUCGGUUCCCGCACUGAAAGGAUUAAUAUAAGUAACAAUUUGGUAACUAAGUUAACUAGCUUUCACAAUGUGUUUCUGCCUGUUAUAUUCUCUGAUCUGACAACAAUGUCAGAUUCACUGAUUUUGUACAAUGCUAUACAGUUUGUAAAUGAGUCAGCAACCUUACUAAGGGCCGAGUUUUCAUAAUCGCUAUGGGAAAAUGGGGCUUAAUGUGCAUUAAGUGUCGUCACAGAUAAACGAAUACAGUCCCCUCAGGCUAAUUAGGUUAGACACUUUCUGCUUUUUCGGAUUUUUUCGUGUAAAGGAAGUUUCUCUUAGGAAAAAUCCGGUUAAAGCAGGGCGACACAUCACACACAUGCAUUAAACCCCGUCCUCCCAAAGUGCGGCUUAUAUGCAAGCUGUGUAGUUUCUCAUAACUUUUCUCUUAAGCAUGAAAAUUGUCGCACAUCAUUGGCUACCUGUAUUCUCUUAAUAAAACUUUGUAAAUAA